AUGGGGAGGCGUGAUUACUCCACAAAUCUACCAUCAGAAACCACCAUAAACAUCCUCUCACGCCUCCCUCUCCGAAGCAUUGCAAUCAGCAAAUGCGUCUGCAAACCAUGGCGCGAUCUCCUCGGCUCUCUCGAUUUCGCCAAAUCUCUUUUUUCCGAUCUCGAAACCCCUCCCGUCCUAGCUUGCUUGACGCCGUCGAUAUACUACAAUGAGUUUGGCUCAACUUGCUGCACACUUUUCGAACUCGAAGAGGAAGUCCUAAUCGAAGAUGAAGAAGGCGAAGACCAAAAUCAAAAUCAAAAUCAAAAUCUCCAAGAAUUCCAAACUGAAGACGAAGAUGAAGAAGAAGAUGAAGUCGAUUACCGAUUUCAAAAUCCAAUAUUCCAUGAACUCCACUACAAUCGGCUCACAAAUUUCUAUACUCAGCUCGGAGAAGCCGGAGAAUCAAAUCCAUAUUCAAUGGUAGGUAUCGCAGCUAAUGGAUUGUUGCUUGUAUACUCACAGUUAAGGCAUCCUAACAUCCCUCUUUUUAUGUGGAAUCCUCUCACUCGUCAAUGCAUCAACCUCUUCACCCCCAAACAAUCCAUUUCCUAUAAAUUUGAGUUGAGUUAUGGAUUCGGUGUGAGUCGAAUUAGUGGGCAAUAUAAGGUCGUCUGCAUCAAUCGCGACGGAUCUGCUCAUCAUGUGUACACCCUCAGAACGGGAGCAUGGAGGCGCCUUGAAGCCGGCGCUGCUUCUGGUUUCGCAUUCAAUUUUGAUGGAUGCGUUGUGUGCAACGGAAACCUCCACUGGACCGUGUAUGACACCACUCGGCCCUUGUUGAUAUGCGGUUUUGAUGUUGAAACAGAAUGUUUUAGCAUCUUCUCUCGUCCUCUUGCGGCCGUAGAUGAGCGCCUUACUGUGGAGUUGAGUGUUUUGAGCGACUGUGUGUGUGUUUCUUACGCAUUGGAGAAUGAAAUUGUCAUCUGGUCAAUGAAGGAAUACGGAGUCGAGGAAUCCUGGACCAUAGAGCACAGGUUGAGCACUAAUGGUGUUAAUUUUGAAAAUGGGAUGGAGUCUCUCGAUACGAUGGGGUUACCCGGUAUGGUUAAGGAAGAUCUCCGUAUGAUCGAAGAUGUGGAUGUAUGGAAUCACCUCUCCUAUGCCAUGAUUUUCACUCCUGUCAUUCUCUCACUAAAGAGUUUUGGAAUUGAGAAUGUGAUCUCGUUCUAG